AUGGCACGCCAUGGAGAUGCGGUGCUUGCGGGAGAUGCGGUGCUUGCGGGAGAUGCGGUGCUUGCGGGAGACAAUGCUCCCAAUCUCACAGCACCCCUUGAUGCCGAGAAGCGGCACCAGGAGGUGGGAGUGAUGCCGCAGACAGUGAGGCGUCACACCGUAAUUCCCAGCGGAUUUUCGUCGCUUCUCACCGAAUCCUUCUCACCGCAUCCUUCUCAGGACGAAAGAGAGAGCAUCACCAAAAUAGCGUGGACGUGGUUGAUCCGCUGCCACGCCCCAUCAGGCACAUCAUCUUCCACCUCCUGCUGCUGCCACCCUCACUCCCCUCCCACUUUCACAAUCCAGCACUCGUCUGCAAUACUUCUCCCCGCACCCACCCACCAGAGCGUGGACGUGGUUGACCUGCUCUGCUGGACGCCCCCAUCAGGCACAUCAUCUUCCGCUGCCUUCUCUCUCGUGGACGAGGUUGAUCUUCUGCCCGGCCACAUCUGGCACAUCAUCUUCCGCCACCUGCUGGACGAACGGGAUCAUGACUCCAAGUCCUCAGUCGCAUCGCAGCUGGGAACUGCCACUGGCAGCACGGAGGGAACUGGCAGCAUGGAGUCCGGUGCCACAGCCACUCCACCUUCUGACAUCGCAGCAGGGAACUGCCGGUGGCACGCGGAGGCUGUGUCUUUCUUCGGCGCCUCCUGGCCUCUGCUGCGCUACGCCAUGGCCAGCAAGAAGCUCCUCCAAAAUGUCGUCUCCUUCUCA